GGUUGGGGUUUAUCACAUAAAGGACUUCUUUGGCACGGAGGAAAAUGGUCCCCUUUUACAAAACCCUUCAGAGAAAACGAACCCACAACGAUAGGUAUACUUUUCGAUGGAGUAGCCGGAACUCUCACCUAUUACAAAGACGGUCAAAAUUUGGGUGUAGCUUUUAGAGGAUUGCAUAAAUGUACGGAACCAUUAUAUCCGUUUGUUUGUUCGACGGCGGCAAAAACGGAAAUGAUAUUAAAUGAGCAAAGAAGAGAAUUUGUCAAUUUACAAGAUAGAUGUAGAAACAUUAUUGUUAAAAGAGUUAAAAGUAUUGAAUUAUUAGAAAACUUACAUCUUCCGCAAAAAAUAUUCGAAUAUUUAGCUGAAGCUUUGAUGACUGAUGAUUCGAAAUUAUUUCAACCGUUUCAUCAAUUGAAUCGAGUUUCUGUCAUGUGA